AUGGUAUCGUUCGAUGUCGAACCGCUCUUUCCCAGUGUUCCAGUUAACGAAUCUCCUGAAUAUUUGAAAGUAUGGUUAUCAACACAAGCCGGAGAAACAGAAAAUUGGAGCAACAAAGUAAAAGAAUACCACAAAUUAGCAAGACUUUGCAUGGAGGAGAAUUACUUCGAAUUCAGAAACGAGAUGUACAGAACAACAUCGGGAGUAUCGAUGGGCAAUCCACUUUCACCAUUUCUCGCAGAAUUAUUUAUGUCCAAAUUCUUCGCGAUAGUGCACAAGGAAGAACUGGAGAAUAUAAACGGAUGCAUCAACAAAUUACAUAGAAACAUUGAAUUUACAUUCGAAAUUGAGGAAAAUGGAGUGUUACCUUUUUUGGACAUACUGGUAAAAAGAAAAUCGGAAAAAAAUGGAUUCAAGAUAUAUAGGAAGAAAACAACAACACAAAGAUGCAUUCCAAAGGAUUCGUACCAUUCAACGAAACAUAAAAUGGUGGCGUUCAACUCUAUGAUCCAUAGAAUGCUAACCACACCGAUGGACAAACACGACUUUAGAUCAGAAGUAAACUUCAUUUUGGACACGGCUAUGGAGAACGGUUAUUCCACUGAACGUAUUAACAAACUCAUUAGGAAGAAAAAACGAAAAAUUGAGCAGGAGAAUAUGAGCACAUUGUUUAAACAGAACAGGAUAUUGGAAGAACAAAGAACAACAUGGGCAUCCUUAAGAUAUGAUCAUCACUGUACAAACUUGAUAAAUAAACAACUAAGGAAACACAAUAUUCGGACAUCGGAAAGCAAUAGUAAAUAUCAAUUUAGGAGCUUGUUAAAUUCGGCUAAGGAUAAAUUGAAGAUACAUAAAAGAUGCGGUGUGUACAAAAUCAAUUGUAAUAAUUGCGAUAAAUUUUGCAUAGGACAAACGAAGAGAGCCGUUAGAACAAGACUUAAGAAACAUUUAAUACCUAUGAAUAUUUUAAUACAAAGUACGUUAAUCUCAAAACUGUUAUUGUUUAUUGACAUUGAUUGUAUUGCGCAAAUGUUAUUAGAAAUAACAUCAAGUAACAAAUUAUAA